AAUUUUAUAUAUCACAAAUUCUAUUGAGACAAACUAAACGUCAGAUGAUUAAAAAUAUUUAGUUUUUGACGUUUGAAUAACGUAAAUGUUUUAAUACAGGAAUUUCUAAUUACAUUAAAGUGAAGUAUACAAUUGUGGAAUAUGGGAGGUCACGGACACGAGCCACCAUAUACCAUACCCAAACAUACAGAGUUCCAAAUUAAGGGUAUCCCUCAGCUCGAGGAAUUAGAAGAGGCUCUCGCUCGGAAAGGAUUAAAAGACCCAUGGAUCAGGAAUGAGGCCUGGAGAUAUCAUCCGGGAUUUGGUACUCGCUGGCAACGUGCACGGAAAUUGUUCUUCAGAGGCUUGCCCCUUGGAAUUGCACUCACCGCAGCAACAGUUGCCUUUGACAAGUUCACUGCAAAGGAUGGCCACGGCCAUGGUGGUCACCAUUAAUUAAAUUAGACUGUUAGUUAUGUAUGUACUUUGAGUUGAUACAAAGAAUAGCAAAACUUGAUAAAAAUAUAAAUGGGAAAAGAAUGUGGUAAUUAUUGAUUAUAAAAUAUCCCUUUAAAUACUGAGACAUCUUACAUAAUCCUCGUCUUUGUGGAAUUUUAGAUAAUAAGAUAUUAUACAUCAUAAUACAAUAGUUAGAGCAUGCUCAUGUUCUGAUAUAUAAUUAAAUAUUUCUAUUUUUUUUUAUUUAUGCUUUUGCUUACACCCAGUCAAUUUUUAUUAAGAUGAUUUUUUCUAGUGUGAUUGUCAUACUCAUGCUCAAUAAACUACCAUUCAUUCCGCUGUAGCUACACUUUGUACAUACAAUCCACUUAUUAGUCAUUCAGUAGCAACACUGCCAUUAUAGAAGGGUGAUUAACGAGUGCUUCUCAUAGUGGCCAUUUCUUUGGGUGGUGAUGACCAAUUGACAAGUAAUUAAGUUGUCUUCACUAACACUAUGUUUAAUAAAUAAAAUGUAACAGUA